AUGGCGUGCAUCAAGAGCGCGCAGCGGGCGGCGCAGACGGCACUGGCGCCGGACGCGCCGUACCUCGCCGCGGGCACCAUGACCGGCGCCGUCGACUUGAGCUUCUCCAACUCCGCCAACAUCGAGAUCUUCCGCCUCGACUUCCAGUCCGACUCCCCGGACCUCCCGCUCCUCGCCUCCGCGCCCUCCCCGGACCGCUUCAACCGCCUCUCCUGGUCGCGCCCGGGCGCCGUCGAGGGCGACUCCUUCGCGCUCGGACUCCUCGCCGGUGGCCUCAGCGAUGGCUCCGUCGCCGUGUGGAACCCGCUGAGCAUGAUCAGCUCCGAGGGGAAAGCGGAGGACGCCAUGGUCGCGCGUCUGGAGAAGCACACCGGGCCUGUUUGUGGACUGGAGUUCAGUGAGCUCACGCCGAAUAGGCUCGCUUCUGGGGCUGAGCACGGGGAGCUUUGCAUCUGGGAUCUCAAGAACCCUGUUGAGCCAAUUGUGUACCCACCACUCAAGUGGUGCUUUUUUUUCCAUGGUAAACAUGAUGCCAUCUUGCGUGUUUAUGGUGACCCUAGCAUGUUUUUUGCCAUUCCAGACGUUGUUUGGGAUUUAAGGAAUCAGAAACCACUGACUAGUUUUUCAGAUUCAAAUCGAAGGAAAUGCUCUGUUCUCCAAUGGAAUCCAGAUAUGUCCACCCAGCUGAUUGUUGCAUCAGAUGAUGACAACUCUCCCUCACUGAGAGUUUGGGAUGUGAGGAAGACCAUCUCACCAGUUAGAGAAUUCGUUGGCCAUUCAAAAGGUGUAAUUGCUAUGUCGUGGUGCCCCUAUGAUAGUUCAUUCUUGCUUACAUGUUCAAAAGACAAUAGAACAAUUUGCUGGGAUACUGUUAGUGGAGAGAUUAUUAGUGAACUACCUGCAAGUGCUAAUUGGAACUUUGACCUUCACUGGUACCGGAAAAUACCAGGUGUCAUUGCAGCAUCCUCAUUUGAUGGGAAAAUUGGCAUAUACAACCUAGAGUUCUCUGGUCUUUAUGCGGCUGGUGAUACUGUUGGUGCCCCAGCACGUCCAAGGGCUCCGGCUCCAAAAUGGUUGAAAUGCCCCACUGGUGCAUCUUUUGGCUUCGGUGGUAAACUUGUUUCUUUCCAUCCGGUGGCACCCACCCAAGGUGCACAAGCAUCUACAUCUGAGGUGCAUGUUCACAAUUUGGUGAUUGAGCAAAGUCUGGUGAGCCGAUCAACUGAAUUUGAAGCUGCUAUUCAGAAUGGCGACAAAAAGGCUAGCUUGGCUGAAGAACCAGUUUCUACAAAUGAUCAACAGAUAGAGCAGGAAAUGUCUGGAGAUGUUGUGCCGUCAGAUCCAUCAAUUGACAAAAGCAUUCAACAUGCAUUGGUGGUUGGAGACUACAAAGGGGCAGUUAACCAGUGUCUUGCUGCUAAUCGUAUGGCUGAUGCUUUGGUUAUAGCCCAUGCCGGUGGUUCUGCUCUCUGGGAAAGUACAAGAAAUCAUUAUCUUAAGAACAGUAUCUCGCCCUACUUAAAGGUUGUCUCUGCUAUGGUGGGUAAUGAUUUAAUGAGUUUUGUGAGUACCUGGCCACUAAGUUCAUGGAAGGAAACUCUUGCUCUGCUUUGCACAUUUGCACGGAAAGAGGAGUGGCAUAUUUUGUGCGACACGCUUGCGUCUAGACUUCUGAACGUUGGAGAUACGCUAGCUGCAACCCUCUGUUAUAUUUGUGCUGGAAAUAUUGACAAAGCUGUUGAAAUUUGGUCCCGCACCUUGAAAUCUGAAGAUGGUGGGAAGACUUAUGUUGAUCUUCUCCAGGAUUUGAUGGAAAAAACCAUUACUCUUGCCCUUGCUACGGGCCACAAGAGAUUUAGCACGUCACUGUCUAAGCUUGUUGAGAACUACGCUGAAUUGCUGGCUAGUCAAGGUCUUCUUAAAACUGCAAUGGUGUAUUUAAAACUGUUGGGAUCAGAUGAACAUUCGCAAGAGCUGGCAAUUUUGAGAGAUCGAAUUGCAUGUUCUACAGAAGAGAACGAUAAUGCUAGGAGUUCUAUUUCUGAAAGCACCGGCACUCCUUCCCCUUAUGUCACAAAUCAACCAUAUACCACCCCAGACCAUUCUCAGAAUGUUUACCAGGUACCUCAACCAUACAAUUUUCCAAGUAAUACAUAUUCAGAAGCUUACCCACAACAACCUACUGGAGCCUAUGGAUACAACAACGCAUAUCAACCUCAACAACCAACCAAUAUGUUUGUUCCACCUAGCACACCUGCCAAUUCUCAGCAACAGCCAGGCCCUUCACCUGUACCAGUGCCUCAGCAAACAGUGAAGACAUUUACUCCUGCGAACCCAGCUGGUCUAAAAAAUCCUGGACAAUAUCAGCAACCUAAUACCUUAGGUUCCCAGCUUUACACGGGUGCUGCAAAUCAACCGUAUUCUUCUGGACCAUCUGCUCCUUAUCCAAGCGGACCUCCAACAACAUUUCAUCAGCCUGUAUCGCCUGUUCAAUAUCAGCCUGCUGCUCCACCAGUAUCUUCUUUUGGUCCGAGCGCCCCCGUACCAGGAACAGUCCCUAACCAGAUGUUUCCACAUUCUGCUGCUACUAACUCAACUUCUAGGUUUAUGCCAUCGAACAAUCAAAGCUUUGCUCCGAGGCCAGGUUUAAGUCCUGCACAGCCCUCAAGUCCGACGCAGGUGCAGGCACAGCCAGCUCCUCCUGCACCUCCGCCGACUGUGCAGACAGCUGAUACGACAAAAGUGUCUGCUGAGCUGAGACCUGCAAUUGGUACACUAACCAGGCUAUUCGAUGAGACGUCCAAAGCUCUGGGAGGAUCACAAGCAACUCAAGCAAAAAAACGUGAAAUUGAGGACAAUUCAAGGAAAAUAGGGGCAUUGUUUUCAAAACUAAAUAGUGGCGACAUAUCUCCAAAUGUUUCAUCAAAACUCAUUCAGUUGUGCAGUGCAAUUGAUGCUAGUGAUUUUGCCACUGCGAUGCACCUCCAGGUACUCUUAACAACAAGUGACUGGGAUGAGUGCAACUUCUGGCUUGCGGCAUUGAAGCGGAUGAUCAAGACAAGGCAGAAUUUCAGAAUGUAA